AGAGUGGGAACGUUACUUAUCUGGAGUCACAGGUAUUAAGUAAAUGUGGAGAAGCAGAGAGUCUGAUUCAAAACUCUGCCCUAAGCUUAGCCUCCUAUCCCUUCCUUAUCGUAUACCCAGACGCCAUUGCCAGGCGCUGCUAAGAAGCAGCUACAGUUCCUUCUCUCCUCCUCUCUCUCCACCAAUCCCCCAACCUCUCUGCUGGAUUUGAACACAGGACUCAUGCAUGCUAGGUAAGUGCUUUGCUAGUUGUGUCCGCAGCCUCUGGAUCUUGUGCUGACAAGGUUUCACAUGCCUGCCUUUCCCCAUUCAGGUUUGUGGAUUUGCCAAACAGAGGCUUCCGGGGUGGCUUUGCAAGCCCUCCGUUGGCCUAACCACCCAUGGCUGUGCCUGGGUUUGGAUGGAGCGGCGUACGGGGGAAAAACAAACGAGCAGCAUCAGGGAAGACGUCACCUUCCACAAGGACCAUUCCUAUUUGGCUAGAGUAGGAUAUGGUUCAUGGAGAAGCGAGGGACCAAGAAAGAAGUGAAUUUGGACCUAGGCUGGCCUUUGUCACUGGCCAAAGCCAGACCUUGGCCUGAGUCACGUGUCCCAUCACCCAUUUCCAUACACAUAGUGUACACCUCACACAUCUCACUACGCCCCACCCUCACAAAUAAAGGGAGGGGAGGAUGCAGGACCAGGCCAGAGUCCUAGCAAUAACCUAGGUAAAGGCCAGGAGUCAGACCUGCUGCUGCUGGCGUCCUGAAACGUCUACUCAGAGAUGAGACCUCUCUCUCUAAGCUGCUGGUGGUCAGUUUCUGCUCCGAGAAGCCUCCCUGUCCUCAUCACAAUGGUGGCUGUGCUUGGUUUGUAGACGCAUCUGGAUGGAGGGGCACAGUGACAUGGAAAUAAUAAGGGCAGUGAAAGGGUCUGCCACGGGGGAGAUCAACGUACACCUGUUGGCCAGAGACAGCGCAGGUUCCCACCCUCACCUGCCUACAACCACCUUCAUCAUUCCCACCAAUGCAGCUACCCUUGGUCUGCCUAGCACUGCCCUGGAUGUGUCCUACCCCCGGGAGCCAGUCCACGUGGGCGCAGUGGAGCGAGUGGCUGGCAGCGAACCCGUCACAGCCACCAUUCUGCCACAGCUGAGCACCGGACCAGGGACCAAUAGCACAGUCAGGCUUCUGGAUUGGACAGGGGUUUCUGCACCUUUAGCUGGGAGCGGCAUGAGGUUCCGGAUAAACGAGUACGCAACACAGAACAUGAUCGAGGUAGAGCGGCCACGAAGCCCAGAGCAGCGACAUGAGGGUGGCACGGCUGGAAGAGAAGCAGGCAUCCAGCACCCUGAUGUUCACAAGGACCCUCAAGAAGUCAUUCCUCAGGAACCCUCAGUAGACGCAGGUUCUUGCAAGUGCCACACUUGUGGGCCACAACAAAGUAUUAGUCUAGACGUUGGUUCAUCCGGAGACCGGUGUCCUCAGCCUUUCCAGAAGCGGUCAGUCAUAGUUGAGAACUCAGGCUGUACCAUCGCUUCUGAGCUGAUAAAACCCAUGAAAAAGAGGAAACAUAAGGAGUAUCAGAGCCCGUCAGAGGAGUCCGAGCCGGAGGCCAUGAAGCAAGGAAAAGGGAAAGACCCAGACAGAGAGCCCACCCCGGGCACCUCAGAGAACGAGGAGUGGAGCAGAAGCCAGCUGGUGUCCAGUGAGAAGAAAGAAGACUGGUCCUGGGAGUCCUACCUGGAGGAGCAGAGAGCAGUCACGGCCCCAGUUAGCCUCUUCCAGGACUCCCAGGCAGUCACCCAUAACAAGAAUGGCUUCAAACUGGGCAUGAAGCUGGAAGGCAUUGACCCCCAACACCCGUCCAUGUACUUCGUCCUCACUGUGGCUGAGGUGUGUGGCUACCGCCUGCGUCUGCACUUUGAUGGCUACUCUGAGUGCCACGACUUCUGGGUCAAUGCCAACUCCCCGGACAUUCAUCCCGCCGGCUGGUUUGAGAAGACUGGACACAAGCUGCAGCCUCCCAAAGGUUACAAGGAGGAGGAGUUCAGCUGGAGCCAGUACCUGCGCAGUACGAAAGCUCAGGCGGCCCCCAAGCACCUGUUCGUGAGCCAGAGCCACAGUCCUCCGCCGGUGGGCUUCCAGGUGGGCAUGAAGCUAGAAGCUGUGGACCGCAUGAACCCAUCCCUCGUCUGUGUGGCCAGCGUGACCGAUGUGGUGGACAGCCGCUUCCUGGUGCACUUUGAUGACUGGGACGAUACUUAUGACUACUGGUGUGAUGCCAGCAGCCCCUACAUCCACCCAGUAGGCUGGUGCCAGAAGCAAGGAAAGCCCCUCACCCCUCCACAAGACUACCCAGACCCUGACAGCUUCUGCUGGGAGAAAUAUCUAGAAGAAACUGGGACCUCAGCUGUGCCCACUUGGGCCUUCAAAGUGCGACCCCCUCACAGCUUCCUGGUCAACAUGAAGCUGGAGGCUGUAGACCGCCGGAACCCAGCACUGAUUCGGGUAGCCAGUGUGGAGGAUGUGGAGGAUCACCGGAUAAAGCUCCACUUUGAUGGCUGGAGUCACAACUAUGAUUUCUGGAUUGAUGCUGAUCAUCCGGACAUCCAUCCUGCGGGCUGGUGCUCCAAGACAGGACAUCCCCUGGAGCCUCCUCUCCGGCCCAGAGAGUCCAGCUCUGCCUCCCCUGGGGGAUGCCCCCCUCUCAGCCACAGGAGCCCACCCCACACAAAGACCUCCAAGUAUAGCUUUCACCACCGGAAGUGCCCCACUCCUGGCUGUGACGGCUCCGGCCAUGUCACUGGUAAGUUCACAGCUCAUCACUGCCUCUCUGGCUGCCCACUGGCUGAGAGGAACCAGAGCCGGCUGAAAGCGGAGCUGUCCGACUCAGAGACCGCAGCCAGGAAGAAGAACCAGUCUAAUUUGUCCCCAAGGAAAAAGCCUCGCCAUCAAGGCCGGAUUGGACGCCCUCCAAAGUAUCGCAAGAUGCCAGAUGAAGAUUUCCAAGCCCUCCCUCCCAGUGUGGUACACCAGUCCCUCUUCAUGUCCACCUUGCCGACCCACGCUGACCGCCCACUGUCUGUGUGCUGGGAGCAACACUGCAAGCUGUUGCCAGGAGUGGCAGGUAUCUCAGCCUCCGCAGUCUCCAAGUGGACCAUCGAAGAGGUCUUUGGCUUCGUUCAGACCUUGACGGGCUCUGAGGACCAAGCGCGCCUCUUCAAAGACGAGAUGAUUGACGGCGAGGCCUUCCUUUUGCUGACACAGGCGGAUAUUGUGAAGAUCAUGAGUGUCAAGCUGGGCCCAGCUUUGAAGAUCUAUAAUGCCAUUCUCAUGUUCAAAAACAAUGACGAUGUCUUUAAGUGACUGACGGGGGG